AUGGAAGAUUUACCAACAGAAACAUUGAUUUUAAUAUUUAAAAAUUUAAAAAUUAAUGAAUUAUUAAAUGUUGGAUUAGUUUCAAGAUUCUUUUUUUUAGUUUCAUCAGAUGAUAGAUUAUGGAAAUUAUUAUUUAUUGAUAAAUUUGGGUAUACAAAAAUUUUUAAAAAUGAAGAAGAAUUAAUAAAAUUAAAAAAUGAUUUUAAAAAUCAACAACAACAAAUUUUAAAAAUAAAUAAAAAUAAACAAAAUAAUAAUAUUAAUAUUAAUAAUAAUAAUAAUAAUAAUAAUAAUAAUAAUAUUUUAUCAACAUCAAUACCACAAAAUCAAAAUGAAAAUAAUAUUAAUAUUGAUAAUGAUAAUGAUAUUUCACAACAUUUAUUACAAAAACAAAUUAAUAAAUUACAAAUUUCAAUUUUAUAUUUACAACAACAAAAUUUAAAAGGUUGGAAACAUUCCUAUAAAAAAAAUUUAUUAUUAGAAUCAAGUAAUGAAUUAUUAGAUUCAAUUUUAAAAGAAGAUUUUAGUAAAACUGAUCGUUUAUUAUCAAUUAAAUUAUUAACAAAUAAUAAUACAUAUUUAAGAGCAGCAGAGAAAAUUAUAGUUAAAAAUCAACCUGAAUUAUUGGAAAAAGUUUUAAAAUAUUGUCCAAUUGAUAGUGUUUUAGGUUAUUUUUACAUUCAAUCUUAUAUGAGAUUAAUUACAAUUGCAAUUCAAAGAAAUUCAAUAGCAUGUGCAAAACUUUUAUUAAAUUAUGGUGCAGAUGUUACCUAUUCAAAUACUGGUGUAUUAUUAAUGGGUUGUAAAAAUAAAGUUUUCCCAUUAAAUGGUGAGUUUGGUAAAAUAAUUGGAACAUUCCCAAGAUUAUGUAGUAGUAGUCCAGAAUUAUCAUAUUACUUUUUAGAUGCAUUAUUAUCACAGAUUACAUUCUUUUUAUGCGUUCAAUCAGGUAAUGAAUUAACAUUACAAGAUUAUGUUAAAACUAUGAGAGGUGCAGCAUUUAUAAACAAAAGAACAGGUAUUUGGGAUUAUGGUCAUGAGAUAUUAAGAUUUUCUGGUGUUUUCAAUUUAGAAAAUAAAAAAAUAAAUAUUACUAGAAAAUCACCUGCUAAUAAUAGUUCAAAUAUAAAUAUAAAUUCAAAUGUAAAUACAAGUGGUACUACUACUACUACUACAAUUUUACAAUCUCCAAUAUCAUCAAUAGGGUUACAUACAACCAAUAAUUCACCAUCACCAAUAUCAGCAUCACCACUAAACUCACCAUCACCAUCAUUAUUAAUAUCACCAAAUUAUAAAUCAAUAACUAUAACAGAUGGAUGUGGUGGUGGUGGAGUACUUGGUAAUGUUAGAACAUUGAAUGGUAGUAGUGAUAGUGAAAGUGAUCAUUUAUCAUUGGAUAAUAUGUCAAAAGUUAGAUUCUCACAAUUUAAAAUGAUUGAAAAAACAUUAUCACAAGUAACAUUAGAUUGGUCAAGUGAAUAUUGUUCAUAUACACCACUUCAUUGGGCUUCAAAAUGUGGUCAUCUUGCAAAUAUUAAAACUUUAAUUAAAAUGGGUGCUGAUGUAAAUGCAUUAACCUCACUUGGUAAAUCUUCUUUUGAUAUUGCAAAAGAAAAUAAAAAUGAAAAUUGUUUAAUAUUUUUAGAAAAGCAAAUGUCAAAAACUAUAAAAAUUCAAACAUUUGAACCAUUAUUUCAAUUAAUUAAAAAAGGGAAUUAUAUUGGAUCAUUAAAAUUUUUAAGUACAUUUAUGUUUGAAAAAUCAUUAAAGCAUUUAGAGAAACCAAUUUCAACUAAAUUAAUAGCACAUACUAUUGAAUAUGAUCAACAAAAGAUAUUAAUUGGAUUAUAUCCAUUAUGUUUAAAUGUAAAUUCAAUAUCAGAUGAAGAUGGUAAUACACCACUUCAUUAUGCUGCAGCUUUAGGUAGAUUAGAAUGUUUAAAAAUUAUAAUUAAUGGUGGUGAAAAAGUUUAUAAUAAUAAUAAUAAUAAUGAUAGUGAAAUUAAUGAUAGAGAAAUUAAUGAUUGUGAAGAUGAUGGUAAUAUAAAUAUUAAUUGUGUAAAUAAAAUUUAUCAAACUCCAUUAAUUUUAGCAACUAUAAAUGGACAUUUAGAUAUUGUAAAAUAUUUAUUAGAGAAUAAAUCAGCAAGUGUUGAUAUUGUAGAUUGGCAAUUGAAUACACCAUUACAUUAUUCAUUCAAAUAUCCAGAUAUUGUUGAAAUAUUAUUAAAACAUCAUUCAAAUCCAUUUCAAAUUAAUAAUUUAUCAAAGAAUUGUUUACAUUUAGCAGUUGACGUUUCAAAGAAUGAUAAUAAAAUUAAUAGAAUUAAGAGUUUAAAUAUUUUAUUAACCCAUAUCGAAAGACAAUAUCAAGAUUAUACAUCUUCAAAUUAUUUCAAUAACAUAUUCAAUACUCUAGAUUUAUUUGAAAAUACACCAUUAUUAAUUUCACAAUCUUAUUAUAUAACUCAUUUUCAAGAUUAUGAUGAUAAUGAUAUAUUUAAUGAAAUUUCAAAUAUUUUAUUAAAAAAAGAAGAAAGGAAUAAUAGUGGUAGUGGUAAUGGUAGUGAUGAAUAUAUAUUAUCAAAAUCAUCAAAAUCAAUAACUAAUCAAUUAAAUUUAUCAUUUAAUGAUUUGAAGAUAAUAUUGAAUUUUAAAAGACCAAUUGAAUUAGAGAAUUAUUUGGCAACCACUGUACCAUUGAAACCAUCAGUUGCAAUGCUAUCAAUUUUGAAACUGGGUGGUACUAUAUCGAUUGAAACAUUUGAAAAAUUGAAAUUACAACAUCAUUUAAUGUUAGAAUCUUAUAUAAAGAAAUUAAAAUUUUUAAAUUGUUAUAAUCAAUUAAUUAAUAUUCAUACAAGUUCAAUUGAAUCAAUUAUUGAACAACUAUUAAUAAUUCAACAAUACCAAUUGAAAUCAUUUGCUUAUAGCUCCAUUGAAUAUAUUUUAUCAGUUUAUUUAAUUUCAAAUAGAUUUGAAAUCGUAGUUUAUUUAAUUGAAAAUUUAAAUAGAAUAAUGAAUUCUACAACUUAUAUUGACAGAUUUCAAACAUUCAUUUUCAAUAGUAUUUUACAUACACCAUCAAUUCCUCAACAAUAUUGUAGAUCCUUAUUAUCACCCUACACAACUAGAUUUGAUUCUUCAUUAUUUCAACAUGUAAUUUCAUUAGAUCAUCAUAUUAUGUUAAUAUCAAUGAUUACAAAUGAUGAUGAUGAUCCAUCACCACCAUCACCAUCAUCACCACCAAUAUCAGAAAUUAAUUAUAAAUUUAGAAUGAAUUUAGCAGUUUCAAAAUAUUGGAUAUUUUCAAGAGUUGUUAAAAAUGGUGCAAUUAAAUGUUGUAGAUUUUUAACAGAUAUGUUAUUUAGUAAAUCAUUGGAUUUUGAAUUUACACAUUCAUUAUUAUUAAAUGUUUCAGAAUUAAGAUCAAUAAAGAAUAAAAGAGAAAUCAUUAAUAUUCUAUCACAUUAUGAUUCAAAUUCAAUAAUUGAAGCAUUAAAAGAUAAUCCAGUUUCACCAAAUGCAAAUGCAUAUUUUGAUUUCUAUUAUUCAUUAGAUAAUAAUAAUGGUAGUAAUAAUCAUGAUAUCGAUAAUAAUAGUAUAAUUUCAAAGAAACCAUUAAUUGAAAUUGAUUAUCAUCAAAAUUCAUGUGAAAAUCAUCCACAUGAUUUAAAAAAAGAGUAUAUUGAAAAUUGUCCAAAUAAAUGUGGAGUAAAGAAUAUUUUAGAUUUAGAAGAUCAUUUAUUAAUUUGUUUAAAUGGUUUUUAUAAUUGUCCAAAUAAAAUCAAUGGUUGUCAAUCUGAACCAAUGUCAAAAUCAAAUUUAUUAAAUCAUUUACAAAAACAAUGCACUUAUUUACAUUGUCAUCAAUGUGAUGGUAAUUUUAAUCGUCAAGAUUUCGUUCAACAUAUUUUCACCCACGAAUCUGAUACAUGGGAAAUUUGUUCAUUUUGUAAUCAAAUGAUUAAAGGUUUCUCUUCAACUUAUAAAAAUGAUAUAAUUCAUAUUCGUGAUUGUUCUUUAAAUUUAAUUAAUAAUAAUCAUUCAAAUAAUAAUAAUAAUAAUAAUAAUAAUAAUAAUAAUAAUAAUAAUAAUAAUAAUAAUAAUAAUAAUAAUAAUAAUAAUGAAAAAUCAAUUUUAUUUAGUUCAGAAUAUGAACAUUUAAAAGUUUGUAAGAAUCAUAAUAUUAAAUGUCACUCUUGUAAAAUAACAAUUCAUAUUUCAGAAUUAUCAACUCAUAAAUGUUUAUUUAUAUCAAAAAUUCCAAUUUUAAGAAAUUAUUUAAAUAUUCAAAAUCUUGUUGAUCUUAUUUAA